CAAAACUUAACUCUGCCUUAAAUAGCAGAGAUCAGGAGAAGGCUGAAGUGAGUCGGACUGAAGGACUUCUGGAGCGACUGGAGCAGGAGAUUGCUGAGCUGAGGAGGAGAGACGCUGAGCUGAAGCAGCUUUCACACACAGAGGAUCACAUCCAUUUCCUCCAGAGCUGUCAGUCUCUCUGUGCCCCUCCUGGACCUGGAGACUUACCCAGCAUCACUGUCAGACCACACGUCUCUUUUAAGGCUGUGAGGAAAUCUGUCUCUGCCUCUGAGCGGAAAGAGGAAAUGGAGGAAGUUUGGAACGCUUUGAAACUGCUCACAAUGGAUGAAUCAGUGAAAGAAAUCCAUAUUGUGGAGCUCAGGACCAGAGAGGAUUUCUUAAAGUAUUACUGUCACCUCACACUGGACCCCAACACAGCAAGUAACUGCCUCUCCCUGCCUGAGGGGAACAGAGAGGCUAACCGUAUGAGGGAACUCCAGUCCUAUCCUGAUUGUCCAGAGAGAUUUGCUAAGAUGGCUGCAGUGCUGUGCGAACAGGGCCUGUCUGGCUGUCAUUACUGGGAGGUGGAUUGGAGUGGGAAAGGCAGAGUUAAUAUAGCAGUCGCAUAUGAAGAUAUCGACAGAAAAGCAGGGGCCCUGGGACAUGAUGACAAGUCCUGGAGACUGCGUUGCAGUGACACCAGCUGUGGUUUCUGGCACAACAAUGAGGAAACUGAACUCCCUGAUUCCCCCUCCUCCAGAAUAGGAGUGUACCUGGAUCACAAGGCAGGGAUUCUGUCCUUCUACAGCGUCGCUGGCACAAUGACCCGCCUGCACAGAAUCGAGACCAAAUUCACUCAGCCCCUCUACCCUGGGUUUUGGCUUGAUGAAAACUGUUCUGUAAAACUGGUUGAUCUGGAAUCAGAGCCAGAGAAGAAGGCACUGCAGCCAGAUAAAAAGGAGAAGUAAAUGAACCAAUAAAGUUCUGAUUGUUUUGCUUGUAACCUGCAAGAGUGAUAUACAUUCAUUUUUAAAAUUAUCUGCUUAUUUGCUCCUUUACACUGAGUGGUGACACAACUUAGAAUAUAAAUCAUAUCCGGUAUAUCAUAGCAUCUAAUCAUCUUAUAUCUCUCUAUAUAUUUUUUCUUUUUCAUUUUUUUGAAAGAACCAUGUAACAAUUUGUUGGGUGUUCAUUACUUUAUAACUGAAGAUGUUUUGAAUUCAAUAAAAUGUGCAAAUCAUU